AUGCAGCAAAGGAGGCAGCAACGAAGCGCCCCUUACGGCAGCCCACAGCAGCAGCAGCAGCAGCAAUAUAUGCAGCAGCAGCAGCAGCAGUGGCAGCAGCAACACCAACACCACCGGUGGGAGCAGCAGCAGCAGCACGGUUGGCAGCAGCCGCAGCGACAAGAUCGGCAGCAGCAGCAACAGCAGCACGGUUGGCAGCAGCAUCAGCAGCAGGGUUGGCAGCAGCAACACCAACAGGGUUGGCAGUCGCAGCAGCAGCAGCAGCGUUGGCCAGUACAGCAGCAGCAGCAGCAACCGCAACAGCAGCAGCAGCACCAUAGAAAUCAGGCAGAUCUUCGUCCUCCUCUUCCGAAGGGAAGAACAUUCAGCAGCAGCAACAGCAGCAGCAGCAGCAGCAGCAGCAACAGCAGCAACAGGAAGCACUUCCAGCGUCAUCCGGACCGGCAGCUAACAGAGCAGCAGCAGCAGCAGCGGCAGCAGCAGCUGCUGCUAACAAAGGGAGGAGAAGGGUAUGGGAGGUUUGCUGCUGCUGUGCCGCUGCAGCAGCGCAGCAAAGCCCUUAAAGAUUCGUGGCAUCCACAAACCCCUGAUUCUGCGCAACCUCUAAGCGUUGCUCAAUGGCGAGAAGUGUUGGGCAAAUGGCGCCGUCAGAUUCAUCUAUGGACUAACCUCCCUGCUGAGGUGUACGCGGAAUUAUUGAAUUUGUCUGUCGCUAAACAAAUCGAUUUAUUGCAAUCUUUGCCGCCGAGUAAACUCGAUGUACGCCAGUCAGCAGCAGCAGCAGCAGCAGAAGGAACUGCAGCAGCAGCAGCAGCAGCAGGAACAGCAGCAGCAGGAGGUGGGGGGAAUCCUGUAGCAACAGCAGCAGCAGCAACAGCAGCAGCAGCAGCAGAAGCAAAACAGGCGCCACUGAACCAACAGCAGCAACAGCAGCACCAACAGCAGCAGCAGCAGCAGCAGCAGCAGCAGCAGCAGCAAGAUGUAGAGGGGUUAAUGUCUGCCUUAUUAGGCAGCAGCAGCAAAUGCUGGUUUGGUAAACCCUCGGCAGCAUUUGUUCGUGCGCAGCAGCGAAUUGCUGCGAUCUACGGUCCUGCUGCUGCUGCUCUUUCUUGUCUUGACAAGCAGCAGCAGCAGCAGCAGGAUGAUGAUCAAGAGCAGCAGCAGGACCCAGAGCAGCAGGAGCUGCAGCAGCAGCAGCAAGAAGUGCUGCAGCGCAUAGGCAAGCUGCGGCUGCAGCAGCUGCCCUUAGAUUUUAAAUUCCGCCUGGAGAAUCUCCAGCCGCCCCUUCGUGUGGUCAUCAACAGCAGCAGCAGCAGCAGCAGCACCAGCAGCAGCAGCAGCAGCAGCAGCAGAGAGGAGAUACGGAUAGAUGAUAGGCAUUGA